AUGGCUUGUUCUCUAGUCACUCAAGCAUCCAGAGCUACUGGUACUGGACGUGGCCAGACUCUUCCUCUUCUAUCGCCGGUAGCUGGUCCUAGCCAUGGAGCUGGAGAACAACAAACUGCUAUUGGUGCUAGACGUGGCCAGACUCUCCCUCUUCUAUUGCUGGCUGGUCCUAGCCAUGGAGGUGGAGAACAAGUUUUGGAGGAUGUUGAUACAAGCCUUGGCCUUGGCCUAAGAAAGCAUAGGAAUGAUGAUCAGGAUAAUGUGGCUAAAAGACAGAAGAGAUCAUCAGUGACCAAAUCAGCAUCUUUAUGCUCAUUCUUUGUAGGAUAA